AUGGCGAACCCGCCGAGGACGCCCUCGAGGACGUCGGCGCUGUUCGCCGCCGCCGCGCGCGGCAACCUGAGCAGUCUCCGCAUCGUCCUCGAGCACGGCGUCGGCGAGGGCCUCAACGUCGAUUCGCCCAACUCGCGAGGCGACACCCCGCUGCACGAGGCUUGCCGCAAUCGCCAGUGGCCAAUCGCCGCGUGGCUCCUCGCGCACGGCGCCAACCCCGAUCUCGUCAACGCGUUCGGCCAGGACGCGAGCGACGUGUGCCCGGACGCCGCGGCGAAGGACAUCUACGCCUCGAUACUCGCGAGUAACCCGAUCGACGCCUCCGACGUGGCGUCGUUCGAGUCCACGCUCGAGUCCGCCAGGGCGCGGCGAGCGCAGGAGGAGCUCGAGGAGCUCGAGCGAGAGCUGCUCGGCGGCGAGCGGGCAGCGAACGAGGUCCCCGCCGGACCCGCGGCGACGACAUGGCGUCCAACCGCCGCCGACGGGCGCGCCGACGGCGACUCGCCCUCCGAGUUUUCCUUCGAGCGCGCGGCCACGCCGGAGGCCAUGGGGGGGCACCGCGUUAUCGCUCGGCGAAUGGAAGCCGACUUUGACGCAAACGCGCCCUCAGUUGAACCUUCUCCGAACGCCGCGUCGCCUCCGCGGAUGUCCGCUAUCGACGCCGCGAUGGAGUCGGCGAUGAAACGCGCCAAGGAGGUGCUACGCGCGUCCCCGGAGGACCUCCUCCGCGCCGCCCGAGCCGGCGCCGCCGCCGACGACGACGACGAUGACCCGCUCUCGCCGGAGAUGUUCGCGCACGGAUCGAACGCCGAUGGAACCGCGAUGGCGUCCGCCAUCAAGGCCGAGUUGCGAAGCGCGAGGAAGAACAUGGCGGAGAUACGACGGAGGAUCGACGAGGAGAUCGCGGUCGCGUCGUCGCCGAAGAGACGAACGAGUGUCGGUUCGCGCACAGCUGUGCGAAGGGGGGGCGCGGUCGGCGGCGACGACGACCCUUUCCCGGCGACGGAGACUCCGCCCUCGACGCCGCCCGGCACUCCCGGUGACGCCGCUGACCUCUUGAGGCGGAUGUUCGGACCGGCGCCUCGCAUCUCCGUCGACGGCAAACGCCUCGACGGCGACGACGACGACGACCUCGAGGAGGCCAGCGACCCCGAGGAGGAGGUCCCGAUCCGCCGAGGCGUCAUCCGCAAGGCUGCGCUCGCGGUGACCGAGCAGGGCGUUAAGCUGCAGCACGCGCGGCGGCGCAUCGCCGACCUGGAGAACGCGAUGAAGGAGCGCGAUGAGUUCGAGGCUAACGCCCGCGAGCACCUCAGGUCCGCGGAGGAGAGCGCUCGCCAACUCCGCACCCUCUCCGAGCGACUGGAGUCGGAGAAGAAGGAGCUCGCGCGAUCCGAGGCGCGACGCGCCGAGCUCGAGCGGGACCUGGAUACCGUACGCGGGGAGCUCGAGACGGAGCGGGGCGCGAGGAGGGACGCGGAGGCUCGAGUCGUCGCCAACGGGUGGGACGCCGACGACGCCAAGAGGUCGGCGGAUCAAUCGCGAAUGGAAGAGCGUCGCUCCGCCGUCGCCUUCGCCGAGCUCACCGCGCGGCUCGAGGACUCGCGCGCCACGCUCGCGUCCACGGAGGCUGCGCUGAGGGAGGCGCGGUACGGGUUACAGACGGAGUGCAACCGCGCCGCGGCGUCGGAGGCUGAGCUGUUUGCGGUUUCCACGGAGCGGGACCAAAUUCGGCUCGAUUUCGACGACGCGAGAAAAGAGCUGGAGACGCUCCGGAGAGGUCUGGAAGACGCCUCGGAACGCGCCGCGACGUUUGAGGCGCGGUCGGAGGCGUUCGCGACCGAGGUGGAGUCCCUCAAACGCAGGCUCGCCGCGAGUAAGGCGCAGACGACGUCCGCGCUGGAACUCGGCGAGAGCGCGGGCGCGGCGGUGGACCGGCUCGAGCUCGAGUGCCAAAAGCGCAACGCGGAAUGCGCCAGGCUCGCGGAGGAGAACGAGCGUUUGCGGAAAAACGCGGACGAGGAGAUCGAGCGUGCACGCAAAAACGCGGACGAUCGCGCCGCCGCGUUCGAGGCUGGCGAAGCGAGGGCGCGGGACCUGGAAUCGAAGCUCAGGACGACGAGCGCGGAUCUCGACUUCGUCAAGGCGCGACUCGAGGGCGCCGAGCGAGAACGAGAUUGCGCCGAGAAUCUGUUAAAGGAGAGCGGCGCGGAGACCGAGCGCUUACGGGACCUGAAAGAGGCGACCGCGCUCGAGCUCGGCAAGAACCGCGCGCUCUCCGAGUCUGUCUUUGUGCUCACCGAGAAGUUGGCGGCGGCGGAGGCGGAGCUCGACGCGACGAGAGCCGCGAGGGACGCCCUCGGCGCCGAACACGAGUCGGCCAAACUCGCGCUCUCGACCGCUCACGACGCCGAGGAGGCCCGCAGACAACGCGCGCUUCGACGCGUCGCGGGUCGGUUGAUGCACAGGGGUAAGUCGUCCGCGUUCGCGAGGUGGAGAGAGGUCGCGGAUGACGCCGAGCGGGCGCGAGCGGCGCUUCGCAGGGCUCUCGGUAAGUUUGCAAACGCGUCGCUCGCGAAAGCGAUGGCUCGGUGGCGCGAAUGUCUCGACUCCGCGCGGGAGAGCGAACGCGCCGAGAGGCUGCUCAAGAGGCACUUCGGCAGGUUCGCGGGCAGGUCCAAGGCGUGCGCUUUCGGCGGAUGGCGCGACGAGGCGAAAAAGGCGCGACGGCUGAAGGUUUUGGGCCAAAAAUUGCUCGGCCGAUUCGACGCCCGCUUCGUUCGCCGGUUGUUCCAAAACUGGAAGGUUCACCUCGCGCAGGCGUCAAAGAGAAACCGCGUCUUGGGGCGCGUCGUGGACAGGAUGCGCGGCAGGGUCGUCAGCGCCGCGUUCGACAAAUGGCGCGGUUUCAUCGUCGAACGCGAGCGACUCAGGCGAAGGAUCGGGAGGGUCCUGGCGAGGUUCGCCGACAGGGCUCGCGCGCGGGCUUUCGAUAAAUGGGCAUCCACCGUCGCGGAGCGCGCCGCCGUGCGAGCUUCGCUGGCGAGGACGCUGGCGAGGUUCGCCAACCGCGCCGUUGCCGCGGCGUUCGCCACGUGGACGGAUUCGGUGACCGAGGCGAGACGGCUUCGAUCGACGUUGGCUCGAGUCGCUUCGAGGUUUUCCAACCGAACACUGUCCGCAGCGUGGGAGCGGUGGGCAGAGCUCGUGCGGGAGAAGCGCCGGAUGGCAAACGCGCUGGACCGCGUCGUUCGCAAGAUGCGAAACCGAGUCGUCGCGGGCGCGUUCGCGACGUGGAUCGACGCCGUGGCUGAAAGUGAACGGUUAAAGGCUGUCCUUCGAAGAGUCGCGGGUAAGUUUGCCAACCGAAGGCUCGCCGCGUCCUGGGAGACGUGGGUGGCCACCGUGGCUGAAAGCGAGCGGUUGAGGGCGCUCCUUCGCAAGGUCGCGGGUAAGUUCGCCAACCGAAGGCUCGCCGCGUCCUGGGAGACGUGGGCGACGGCGUGCGAGGCGAGGCGGGCGGAGGAUGAGGAGCGAAAGAGGACGGCUUCGAAAGUCGUCGCCAGGCUGGCCAAGAGUUCGCUUCAUCGCGCGUUCGGUCGAUGGGCCGAGAACGUGCUCGAGAAGCGCGCCGCGGCGCUCGAGGCGGAGGCGGACGAACGGAGGCGCGCGGACGUGCUCAACAGGGCGGUGCGCAGGCUGGCGAACCGCGCGCUCGCGGGAGCCUUUGCCACGUGGCGUCGCGCCGUGGACGACUCGCGAAGAGCGCGGCUUCUCGAGCUCGAGGACGAGCGAGUUCGGCUCCUCGGGGAACGCGAGGAGGUCGGUUCGGCGGUUUUCGAAAACGGUCGUUUGACCGAGCGCGUCGAGGCGCUCGCCGCCGAACUCGAGUCCGCCAAGGCGCGGAUCUCGAGCGCGGAGGCGCGGGCGGAGGAGGCGGCGAGAGCCGCGGCGAGGGAACGCGUUCGAGCCCGGAAGGUAUCCGACGAUUGCGAAUUGAUUCGCAAAAACGCCGCCGCUCGCGAGUCCGAGCUUCGCAUCGAGCUCGCCUCCUCCGGGGCUGGCGUUGGCAAGAACGCGGACGCCGCGACGGUCCGCGAGCUCAAGGCGAGGUGCAGGGACCUCAAGGCGGAGAACAAGCGGGCCAAGGAUGAGAUUGAGCGCGUCACCGCUGAGGCGAAAAAGAGCGUCGACGACUUGAACGCGCGGCUCGAGCGCGCCAACGAAGCCGCGACUAAGGCCAAGUCCGCGAGAAUCCGCGCGCGAAAGGCGGGCGAGGCGAGGACGCAGGCGGAGGAGGACCUCGCCGCGGCGAACGCGCUGGGCGACGCGCUCUCCGCGGAGCUCCGCGAACGGGAGGAGGAGUUGCGGAGGGCGGAGGCUUCGUUGGCGGCGUCCCGAGAGGAGACGCGAACGGUCGCGCGCGCGGAACGUGACGCCGCCUCGCUCCUUCUCGAAGGCAAGCGCGUGUGGGAAUCGCUGGAGCGAGCGCUCCGGGAUCAGAUCGACGCCGCCGAGGCGCGGAGGUUGGAAGCGGAGUCGCGUUUGGCGUCGGUGGCGUCGACGGCGGAGAGACGAGUUCGACUCGCAGAAGAGGAGGCGCACGAGCUCAGGGAACAGGCGCAGACACAGACCCGAUCCGCGUCCGCGGGAGAUGACGGUGAGAGGGAGGACGUCGAGAGCCUCAGGGCUAAGCUCCAGAGGGCGCUGGCGGACGCCGCGGCGGCGGAAGAGCGCGCGAGCGACGCCGAGGCGGCGACGAGAUCCGCCGAGGCGAAGAUCGAGUCGAUGCGGUGGCCGAAGAGCCUGACGUCGCCGGGGCGGGCCGAUUCGGAUCUUUCCGGACGCGAAUCGUCGCUCGUGGACAGGGCUGCGGAUCAGCGCGUGGCGACGCUUCGCUGGUACGCCGCCGCGCUCAACUCCCGCCGGGCGUCGGCUGUGAAACGCGUCGCGUCGCUCGAGGCUGACUUAAAAAAAGAGAUGAAACGUUCGGAGGAUGCGAAGAGGGCGAUGCUCGAAGCAGCCGCCGGGGUCCGUCAACGCGCGAUGGACGCCGAGGCGGACGCCGCCGCGAGACACUCGCUCGAAACGGACCUCGCCAAGCUCAAGGCGGACCUCGCCAAGGCUCGGCGGAUGAACGUGGAGGGGCAGAUGACGCGGUCCAGCUUGAGGAUCGAGCUCGCCGAGGCCAAGGCGUCUGCGGAGGCGCUGGCGAAGGCGAUGGCCGACGCGGAGCUUCCGACCGACACCCCCGACGCGCACAGGGCGAGGGAGGAGACGGUGAAGAGGGCGGCAACAGAGAGGGGGGCGGCAUAUGAGAGGACGUCGUACCGGUACGCCGCCUUCACGCCGCCCGCGUCGCCCCAGUUCAUGUCCCCCACCGUCGUAUCCGCGACAAAGACAGUCUCGGGCUUCUACGCCAAGACUCCGUCUCGGGCGUCUUCGGGCGCCGCAAUCAAUCGGGGGCAACAACCGCGCCAGCCGAGCCCGCGCCGAGGCGAUCUGCGCGAUCCCCGCGCCGCCCGCCCGAUCGACCACCCGCCGGGGGUCGGUCACGCCGCGCACAAACCCCGCACUCAAUCGUCCGACGCCGCGUUUCGGGACAUCCUCGUCGGAGCCGCCGAUUACUCGACGGACGUUCCCCACGCGUUGCUCCGCGCCCGGCUGCACGCCGCGCACCGCGCCGCGCACGAGCUUCGCGCGCGCUGCGCUGAGCACGCCGCCGCCGCCGCGAGCGCCAAGGCUGAGGCUGCGAACGCGUCCGUCGAGGCGGCGGACGCCGCUCGCGCGGCGACGGAAGCAACCGCCGCUCUCGCGGAGUCAACGCGACACAAGUCGGCGCUCGAGUCGAGGGUGGAACGCGCGGAAGGGGCGGUGGCGGCGGCGGAGAGCGCCGCCGUGGACGCGCGGAGCGACGCGGCGGCGAGCGAGGCGGACGCCGCGGCGGCGCGCGCUUUGCUUCGCGUCGUCGUCGCUCGCGAAUUCAAAAGAUCGAAUUCGGAUUCCGUCGCCGAGGAAUCGAACGCCGACGAGUCGAACGCGGUCGCCUCGCCGAAUCCGCCCCAAUCCGCGCCGAGGAAGGACCUCGACGACGAACGGCGCCCGGUUGACGAGGACGACGACGACUUGGCGAUGAUCCGCGCGCGACUCCAAGUGGCGGAGGAUGCCGUCUCCGAGGCGCUCGAAUCUCGAGCCUCGUCCGAGCGAGCGCUCGCCGAGGGCGCGUCCGCGCUCGCGGCGGUCAUCGCCGAGCGCAACGCCCUCGCGGCACGGUGCGACGCGUGCGUCGCGGAGCUCGGCGACGCGAGGGCGUGGACGGCGAGGGCAUCCGCGGAGGUUUUCGAGCUGAGACUCGACGCGGACGCGCAGCGACGGCGAGGGGACGAGUGCGAGUCGAUCGCAAACAGACUCGACGCCGAGCUCGAAGCGUUGAUUAAAACGUCGAUUAAAACGUCCCCCCACGGUGCGUCGGACGGGACGUACCGACGCAGGUCCGUGGAGGGGGUGGAGGCGGCGGCGCUCGGCGCGGCGCUGGCGGUGAACCGCGCCAGGCUGGCGCACGCGAGAUCGGCGAUGAGAGCGUCCGAGGCGGAAAAAUUGGCGCUCGCCGCGCGCGUGAACGACGCCGAGGAUCGGGCGAAAGCGGCGGUGGCGGACGCGGAGAGGGCGCGGGCGGCGCUGCGGGACGCGCGGGCGUUCGUCGUCUACGCGUCGGGAGGCGAACGGUCCAAAGCGGACGAGGAGGAGGAGGAGGAGGAGGAGGAGGAGGGGGAUUCGAUUCGGCGACUCGAGGAAUUGGAAGCCGAUCGCGCUGCGCUGACGUCUAAGCUCGUCGACGCGACUCGCGAACGCUCCGCGCUCGAGGAGGUUCUGAACCGCGAGCGCGCGAAGUGCGUCGGGGAGCGGGCGCGCGCCGACGCCGCGUCCGCCGCGCUCGAAGCCUUCGCCUCGGGUUGGUGGACGAAGCCUUCGCCCGAGGAGGGACGCGGGUGGCCGGCCGGUCCGUCGUCCCCAGAGGAGGAUUGGAGUUUCUUCUCGACGGCGGCGGCGGCGGCGGCGGAACGCGCGCGGUGCUUCGCGAUCGCCGACGCCAACGUGGAGCUUCACGCGCGCGUCGCCGAGCUCGUCGCCCUCGCGGCGGCGAAGGCGAACGGUCGCGACGAUGACGCGAACGGUCACGACGACGACGAUACGAAAGGUCGCGACGAAGCGGCGGAUCGAGCCGCGUCGGCGGCUUCGUCGACGGCGGCGAACCUGCUGCGCGACCUCGGCGUCGCCGUCGACGCCACCGACGCGGCUGCGGCCGCGAGAGACGCCGCGGCGACCGCGGCGGCGCUCAAGUCGGAGCUCGUCGAGGUGACGCGAGCGCUGGAGGGAUCGACGCUCGAGGCCGAGGCGCUGCGGCGGGAGAUGAGCGCCGAGCGGGAACGGGAGACGCGCCGCCGAUCGCGCGCCGAACAAAAGGAGGACACGAAGGGUUCGACCGAGAGGAAGGGCGACCCGAACUUGGUUGGCGCGCGGCUCGCCGAGGCGGAAGCUAGGCUCGCGGCGGCGAACGCUCGGAUCGCGUUUUUGGAAUCCGCGCUGGUGCGAAACGGCGCGUCGGCCAAGGACGGCACCCCGCUGGGCACCCCGCUCGGCACCCCCGCGGGCACCCCAACGGGCACCCCCGCGGGCACCCCGCCAAACAGCGCCGCCCGCGCCAACACCUCGAACGAGUCCCUCGAAGACCUGAGGGCGAGGCUUCGGUCCGCGACUCGUCGCGCCGACGCCGCGGAAGCCGCCGCCGCCGAAGCGGAAGCCGCCGCCGACGCCGCCUCACACGCCGCCGCCGACGCCGACGCCGCGUGCGCGGGGAUUCGAGACGCCGCGAACGCCAGGGCUCGCGCCGCGGAGGCCAGGGCGGCGGACGCGGAAGAGCGCGCGGCGGCGCUCGCCGACGCGAUCGCCGGUGUCGAAGACGCCGCCGCCGAAUCGGUCGAGCUUCGCGCGGAGCUCGUCAAGGCGCGAACCGAUCUCGAACGGUGUCGCGGGGAGACGGCGGUGGGAAGGUUCGAGGCGGCGAGGGAGACGGUUCAAAAGCUCGCCGCCGGCGACGUCGACGGCGCGAUUGCCAAAGCGGAGGCGGCGAUGGACGCGUCGAGGGACGCCGCGAGGGUUUGGUCUGAGCGGGUAGCGUCGGGGGGGCACUCGCCGGAGACGCUGGGGGAACGCGCGAGGGAGCUGCUGGACGCGGGCGGGGUCGCGGGUCGGGCUCGGGAGAUCAUGGCGGACGCCCUCGCGCAGGAGAUGGCCGGGCACUGA